AUGUGGGAUCCCGUAGAUCGCACGUCGUCGUCCGUCCGGAUAAAAGCUUUGGGACGUCCCACUGACAUGUGGGACCCCGUGGAUCCCACGUCGUCGUCCGUCCGGAUAAAAGCUUUGGGACGUCCCACAGACAUGUGGGACCCCGUAGAUCCCGCGUCGUCGUCAUCCCGUCGGAUAAAAGCCCGGGGACGCGCUGAACUGCGCGAGUCCGUGGACCGCACGUCGUCUUGGGCGCUCACGUCGUUCAAUCUCUACUGCUACAUGAAGCGACCGAGGACUUUCGUUGGCAAUCGAUGGACUCGCCACUGA